GCACACAACUUUCCUCUUCAUCUCAUCACUUGGACCGGCUGGAACACAUCACCUCACGCUCCGGGAAUGGGAACUUUACUGGGUUCAAAGAAAAACUUUGAGUUCUUUCGCAUUUACGCUCUACAGAGGCUACUUUUCAAAUUGCAGGGAUAGUUGUCACUGCAGGAUCAGAGCGACACCACAGCAGGGGCCACCGGCCAAAGACUCCCGAGACGCACCGGCAGUCGUAACGUGGUUUAGACGCUCGCAAUCAUAUUCACCACACAGCACGUGUGUCCAAACUCGACAAUUCGGAGAUUUUUGUAAUUUUGCAUUUACUUCAACCGAGGCGUGCGUCAAAAACACCUGUGCGUAAAGUUGGAGCUGACGCGUAUAGGGUCCAAAAGUAGCUGCAGAGGAGCAACAGGUUUUUUUUUUUUUUUUUCUUUAAAGAUUAGUGUUAAUAACUUGACCGCCAUGGCAAGAUGGUUCAGAGAUUUCCCCAUCAACCUAAAGAACGGGAACGAACGGGUCCGCUCGGCCUCUGAAUCUGGUCCGCCAAGUCACAGCAAACCCUCGUUUUCUCGCGACAGCUUGAAAGGGAAUCAGCGCAAAGAUGGAGGAGUGGGGGGGUUGCUGGCAGGGAGGAAUAGGAAAAAUUCGGUUGAAUUCGGCCGCAACAACGCUGGUUGUGGUGGGACAGUGUGGGAUACUCUCACACCUGGAAAAGGUCGGAAAAACGCCAAGGUCGAGGCUGGCACGUCGGAUGAGAACCGGCAGGUCAGGACCACCAGUUUGGCGCAAGCGUACAUCAGCAGGAUGAUCAAGGUGGAUAAACAAGACAAGACUCCGAAACUCAACGGGAUAACUGAACACAAGCAGCUGGGAAACGAAACAGGAAGGCCUGAUAUUAAAACAACGCUCAUCAUCCUGGAGGACUAUGCAGAUCCUUUUGAUGCAGAGAAAACCAAAGGGCAGAGGGAGGCUGAGAGAGCAGGGGUGAAUGACGGGUACAUGGAGCCUUACGAUGCCCAGGUCAUCAUCACAGAGGUUCGCCGACGCGGCUCCAAAGACCUCCUGAAAGUGUGCGUCCUGCUGGACCGAGGCCACAGGGAGGGGAAGGAGGAAGAGAGGAAACACCCGCCCCCGAACAUCUACGACACACCGUACGAAGGCGGGCUGGAAGGCGACAGCGGGGGUGUCUGGAUCCCUGUCACGCGGCCAGAGUCUGACGUCCGCCCCGCCGGAGAGUACGAGCUGCCCUGGGAGUGGAGAAAGGAGGACAUAGUUAGAGCGCUGUCAGCUCAGUUUGAGGCAGUGGAUUGUUCUCCCACCAAAGAGAACGGCUCUAUUCCCCCCCGCCAGCAGCACCAGCAGCAGCAACUCACCCUGAGGCAGAAGAACUGGACCCAUAAAAUACCAUCCACUCCAUCCGGCUCUUCCUCUUCCUCCUUUCCCUCCUCUCCCAUUCUCAAACUCUCCCCUCUCUCGUCUCCCUCUUUCCCCACCCUAAAGAUCUCCCCCCUCUCCCCCUCUUCUAGCCCCACCAAACUUUCCCCUCCGUCUCCAAUCUCCCCCAGCAGUGCCCCGUUGGACGGGGAGACAGCCAAAGUGGACCCCAGCCUGCUGCUGGAGAAGCAGAACUGGUACCACGGCAGUGUGAGCAGGCAACAGGCGGAAGCUCAGCUGCAGCGCUGCAGGGAAGCCAGCUUCCUGGUGAGGGACAGCGAAUCAGGAACCAGCAAGUACUCCAUCGCUCUGAAGACAAGUCAGAGUUGUGUGCACAUCAUUGUGGCGCAGACAAAGAGCGCUAAAGGUCUGGGCUUCACACUGGAUCAAAGCAGCUGUGUCUUCUCCAGCAUCCCCGAGCUGGUCCACCACUACUGCACGCACAGACUGCCCUUCACUGGAGCAGAGCACAUGACCCUGCAGCACGCCGUGCCCAGGCCGCACUGAGCAUGCAUAGAGGACAAACACACACACGCUGGGACACUUCAAUGCACUAAUGCACAAAGACACACACAUUAACUUGUCAGCACAUGUGUACACACAUAUACUCGCAGAUGUGCAGCAUCUGAUCGCCCUGCGUACCCUGUUCAUUAUGAUAUGUUUGUAUCUCUUACGUGCGCUACAGUAAGUCAUACAUUUCAAUAACCGUCGAGGACAUUGUGGUAUUUUUUCCCAGUCUAAACGCCAUGAAUGUAUUUAUAGUUUCAACAACACAAUCCCUUCUUCCCCAGCCUGGUGCAUUUGUUCGGCCCAUUGCCUUAUCCAUUUGCCCUCCAGGCGUGAUACUGUUUUGGUAAUGCGUAUCAUUGAUUUCCAUCAUUCCUGAGACGAUGCACGUGAAGAACUGCACUUAGUGUAACCGAUUGGAUUUUUGAUUUCAUUGGAGAGGAUCGUAAUCACCUCUUAGACAGAGGUGUUGACGUCAUGACUUAGUUCUUUGCCAACCAUUUAGACUCGCUCUGUGAGUUCAAAACACCCGAUUGGAAUGAAUUCAGUCACCAAUCUGACAUCUGUCAUUUUGCCCAUUGAUUUAUUCUGAAAAUCACGCUCCUUUGCCGACUCUUUCUGUCAAGAGAAAGAGCUUUAUUGAUUUAUUGACUAGAACUGUUGAAGUUAGAAGGGGACUUAUAACUUUACUCUACCCAGCCAUUUGUUUAAGUGUGCGUAACUGUGCACAACGAAUAUGUGAAUGUACAUAUUCACAUAUAUAUAUUUAUAUAUAUAUGUGUGUGCCUUCACUGUAAUCUAAACGAGGCUGUGAUUAAAAAGUGUACUUUAUUGUAAAUGAACUGAAAACGUAACCUGACAUGUAUCUACUGUUUGCAUAAAGGAUGUGUGUAUAACAGGA